UGCCCUGGGGCAUUGGGAAUUUUUUUUAGACCCGAGGAAAGGGUGCUUCCAACUGGCUCUCCAACACUACUUCCAGCAGCAUCUGGUCUCCCAUCCAGGGACUGACCAGAACCAACCCUAUUUAGCUUCAGGAGCAAGGUAGCAGUAGGAUGCAGAGGGUGAUAUGCAUAUUUUCAGUCCCUGUAGCUCCGCGCACCAUUGUUCCGUCGUUGUUUCAGGCAACAAUGGCCGUGUUUGAGAGCAUCAAAACGAUUGCAGGCUACUGCCGACUGACUGAUCUACAAAUCACCCGUCAAUAACUACUAACUGUUGUAGAUCGGUCAGUCAGUCAGAAUUUACCCAUGAUACAUUGCGGGUUUGAUCCUCUCGAACACGGCCAUUGUAACCAUUGUGUAACCAUUUCUAUUUGGGGCGGUCUUCUGAUUUGUUGUGGCAUUGACAGGUAACUAGGAAAACAGAAAUCCCAUUUUAUAAUCUCACCGUCCACCCUCCGUUGGAGUUUUACUGCUCUACAAACAGACGGAUCAACAUGGACGUCGGAUUUCGCCACCCUGUUCUUCUUUGCCUAAUUCUAGCGGUUUUGGGCUUGGUUCUGGCCGAUUUGGAUGGCCCUUUGAUGGGGGCACCCGGGUCUGCCGUCCGUUUGUCGGAAAACGACCCAGGUCUAAAGAAAGCACUGAAGUUUGCCGAAGAGCGCUAUAACAAGGGGUCCAAUGCGAUGCACGUUCGCAGAGUUAGCAAGAUCCUCUCUGCCAGUAAACAGCUGGUGAAGGGUAUCCGAUACAGCAUCAUGGUGGAACUAAGUAACACCCAGUGUAAAAAGGCUGCCAGACUGAGGGUCUGUGACUUCUACCCAGAAGAACACAACCUAAAGACAGAGGUAUGUGUGUUUGAGGUCUGGGACAUUCCCUGGGAGAGCAAGUCCACCCUUCUCAAACAGAAGUGCCAGCCAGCAGUUGAUCCCAAACCAGUUGAGACCAACAAAGUUGAAUUUCUGCCCCUCUCCACCAAACCAGUUAAGACCAACAAAGUUGAAUUUCUACCCCUCUCCACCAAACCAGUUGAGUCAGUGGAUUCUGUGGAGCUUCUGGGUCAGUUCAAAGAGUUUAUGGUCAGAUACAAUAGGACUUACAGCAGCCAAGAGGAGGCUGACCGGCGGCUGCGUGUCUUCCAUGAGAACUUGAAGACUGCUGAGAAGCUCCAGUCUCUGGACCAGGGCACAGCCGAGUACGGGGUCACCAAGUUCAGCGACCUCACAGAGGAGGAGUUUAGGACUCUGUACCUGAACCCCCUGCUGAGCCAGCAGAACCUCCAGCGGUCCAUGAAGCCUGCAGCCAUGCCCCACGGCCCCGCCCCGCCCAGCUGGGACUGGAGAGAGCAUGGAGCUGUCAGCCCCGUCAAGAACCAGGGCAUGUGUGGUUCUUGCUGGGCAUUCUCGGUGACAGGCAACAUUGAGGGCCAGUGGUUCGCAAAAACUGGCAAACUAGUGUCUCUCUCUGAGCAAGAGCUGGUGGACUGUGAUACAGUGGACCAGGCCUGUGGGGGCGGGCUUCCAUCAAAUGCGUAUGAAGCUAUCGAGAAGCUGGGUGGUCUGGAGACAGAGACUGACUACAGCUACACCGGCAAGAAGCAGAGCUGUGACUUCACCACCGACAAAGUCACCGCCUACAUCAACAGCUCUGUGGAGCUGUCCAAGGAUGAGAACGAAAUCGCUGCUUGGCUGGCUGAGAACGGACCAGUAUCUGUGGCUCUGAACGCAUUCGCAAUGCAGUUCUACAGGAAGGGCGUGUCCCACCCUCUGAAGAUAUUCUGCAACCCCUGGAUGAUUGACCAUGCAGUGCUGCUCGUGGGCUACGGAGAACGCCAAGGCAAACCUUUCUGGGCCAUCAAGAACAGCUGGGGAGAGGACUAUGGAGAACAGGGUUACUACUACCUGUACAGGGGAUCCAGGCUCUGUGGGAUCAAUAAGAUGUGCUCGUCUGCCAUUGUGAACUAGGAGAUCUCUCUCACACACACACACACACACACACACACACACACACACACACACAACCAUAUAUAUAUAUUAUUUGAUGCCAAUCUUUUCCUGGCACAUAAAACAAACCCAACCCUCAGCCAAACAUGUACACACACACCUACAAACUGACCAAACUGCAAUGCUACUCACCCUGCCCCCAUAAUUGUGUGGUCAGAACACUGCACAGUGCACUGGAAAACCUGUUGACACCUUACUGAAAUAGGGGAGGCAGUAUUCAUUCAUACCUCACCUCAUUCUUCUUUACCAAAACAAACCAGUUCCGAUUAAGUUAUAGUUUCAAGGUACUACUGAUCUUUUGUUGUGAUUUUACUAUAGGAUUUUACAUUUUAUCUAGACUGAACAAAAAUAUAAACAAAACAUGCAACAAUUAACGAUUUUACUGAGUUACAGUUCAUGUAAGGAAGUCAUUCUAUUGAAAUAAAUACAUUCGACCCUAAUCUAUGGAUUUCACAUGACUGAGCAUGGGCACACUGACUUGGGAGCCAGGCCCACCCAUGGGGUCGCAGUCAGCAUGCCAAUUGCACACUUGCUCAACACUUUAGACAUCUGCGGCAUUGUGUUGUGUGACAAAACAACACAUUUUUUUUGUGGGCGUUUAUUGUCCCCAGAACAAGGUGCACCUGUGUAAUGAUGAUUCUGUUAAAUCAGCUUCUUGAUAUUCCACACCUGUCAGGUGGCUGGAUUAUCAUGGCAAAGAGAGAUGCUCACUAACAGGGAUGUAAACAAAUGUGUGCACUCAAUUAGAGAAAUAAGCUUUUUGUGCGUAUGGAACAUUUCUGGGAUCUUGUAUUUCAGCUCAUGAAAGAUGGGACCAACACUACAUGUUGCUUUUAUUUUUGUUCAGUAUAGAAGUCUUUUAGAAUAUUUUAUUUAAUUGUUGUGUUUUAGGCAGAGGUAAAUUCUGGCAUCUAUCUCUUUACAAUAGCAGAGUCUAAAUGAUAGAGUUCAGUAAUGCUUUUUGGUGUCCGUUAUGUUCCCCUGAAUGUGACCACUCUGCUGAUGCUUGUGCAUUUUUGAUAGUUUCCCCUCUGUUGUAACUUGUUCAGUGCAAUACCAUGUAAUGUCAAUCUCUCCCUAGUUUACAAUUUACAACUUCACUGUACAAGUAUUUAGAAUGAGUGGGUUUGCAUGGUUUCUGAGAUUUUUAAAGGAUCAUACAUUGGCUGAUGUGUCGCCUAUUAACUGUGUUACAUAUUGCUGUGCUGUGUAACUAGACCAACUAAGGUUGAAUAAAACAUAUUUUAGCCUUUA